UCUGUCAAAACAUUACGAUUGAUCUUUAUAAAUAUACUUGAGCAGCAGCAGUCCUUUGUUUUAUCACGUUCUGAUUUAUCUGAUUUAAACUUCAAACAAACUAUACGAUAACUUUUAAAAAUGCCAAGUUAAUUUGGUUUUUUCACGCUCAGAUCAAAGUUUACUAUUAUCCAAAAACUACAUAAUCACUUUAAUUUUAUACGCCUAUUUAGCGCUUUUUGCUUAUUUCUAAGUUUUGGAAACUGAAACUACUGCAUGCUUUGCUAAUUCUGUUCACAAUCAUUAAAAAUGAGCUUGGAAUGUGAAAAUAACGAUGGAUUUCGUGAAUCUAAAGAAGACCUCGAUCCUUCUGGAAUCCAUGUUGGGGCUUCGCCAGGUCUCAAAGGUGCAUUUCACCCUGUCGAUGAAAACAACAAGAAUCAUUUGAGUUUCCGCAACAAAAAACCGAUGCCCUGGACUAAAGUGGUCGAAUUUGGGGAGAAUUUUAAGAUUGGAGCGAAAGAAAAACUAUCACGAGAUCUGACCAAACGAGUGAUAGAACUAGUGGUCUAUGUGGUGAUUGGUGUGUACGUUAUUGUGGCUUCCGUGCUUCAUUUUGAUGAUGCGAAACCCACCCUCAUAAUAUACUGCAUAGCUGUCUUUUUCUACGCCCAGAAAAUAAGCAAACUCGGAAUACGCAAGUUGCUCAACUCUUCUCGAAUCCAAGACAAACUCGAGCAUCUCCUGAAGUCCAAGAGCUGGAAGUACUUGCGAAUAACAAUUUCGGCAGUCUUCUACAUAAUUAUAGCAUGUCUCAUCAUUUUUGUCACUAUCUAUUGGAACUAUGAGGAUCCUGUUCGACUCAAAUCUGCAGGCGGACUCCUCGUUCUCGUCCUGUUUUCAGUCCUAAUCUCUAAACACAAAACUCAUAUCAAGUGGCGCACUGUAUUUUGGGGCCUUGCUCUUCAGUUCGGAUUUGGAGUCUUCGUUCUCCGAACCGACGUCGGCUUCGAUCUGUUCGACUGGCUCGGCGAAACUGCUAGCGACUUUCUGGAUUUCGGGUUGGUCGGAGUUAACUUCAACUUCCAGCCGCAAGGAAAGCCCCCUGUCAGUAUUUUUGCCGUCACCACUCUUAUGAUCAUUCCUUUCUUCUCAGCUUUUGUUUCGUUCCUCUAUCACAUCGGCUUAAUGCAGUUUAUCAUCAGGAAAAUAGCGUGGGUGAUGCAAAAGACUCUGGCAACGACAGCCGUGGAGUCUAUCAGCGCAGCUGGAAACAUAUUCGUCGGCCAAACUGAAGCACCGCUUUUGGUCAAACCAUACAUACAGACUAUGACUCUAUCUGAACUGCAUGCAGUUAUGACGGGUGGUUUUGCCACUAUUGCAGGCGGCGUUUUUGCCGCCUAUGUUUCGAUGGGUGUCUCGCCCUCUCAUCUCAUUUCGGCGAGUGUCAUGUCCGCACCCGCCGCUUUGUCAUUUUCUAAGAUCGUUUAUCCAGAAGUUGAGAAAAAUUUAGAGGACGAAGAUGAAGAAACUGAGCACGUUUUCUUAUCCGAAAGAAAAGCGAAUGAGACUGAACAAAAGGAAGACGAAGAUAGCAGAAAUGAUGUCGCAGAGGAAAUCAAACGUGAUCGAGUUAGCGAUUCUGGUUAUGUGAACUUUGUUCACGCUAUAGCAGAUGGCGCAGGGGAUGGAAUGAAGAUGGUGCUGAACAUCAUCGCCAACCUAAUUGCCAUUUUGUCACUACUAGAAGCUACCAACUACAUGCUAACAUACCUGGGCGAAUUGAUAAACAUCAAAGACUUGACGCUGUAUGUUAUGUUCCAGUAUAUAUUCUACCCUUUGGCGUUCAUUUUGGGAGCAGAUUCAGAUGAUUGUUUGAAUGUGGGAGAGCUUUUAGGACUGAAAACUAUCGCUAACGAGUUCAUAGCCUACGAUCAAAUGGGACGAAUAAACGCAGGCAGUCAACCUCUUUCGGCUAGGUCAAAUAUAAUCGCAACUUAUGCCCUCUGUGGGUUCAGCAAUCUGGGGUCAAUUGGCAUCCAAAUUGGCGGGUUGGGAGCAUUGGCUCCGAACAGAAAAGGAGACAUGGCCAAAAUUGGAAUCAGUGCUUUCAUCACUGGAAGCAUCGCUUGUUUUUCAACUGCAUGUAUUGCUGGACUUCUCUACGAAUCACGUGUCAUGUCCGCACCCGCCGCUUUGUCAUUUUCUAAGAUCGUUUAUCCAGAAACUGAGCACGUUUUCUUAUCCGAAAGAAAAGCGAAUGAGACUGAACAAAAGGAAGACGAAGAUAGCAGAAAUGAUGUCGCAGAGGAAAUCAAACGUGAUCGAGUUAGCGAUUCUGGUUAUGUGAACUUUGUUCACGCUAUUGCAGAUGGCGCAGGGGAUGGAAUGAAGAUGGUGCUGAACAUCAUCGCCAACCUUAUUGCCAUUUUGUCACUCCUAGAAGCUACCAACUACAUGCUAACAUACCUGGGCGAAUUGAUAAACAUCAAAGACUUGACGCUGUAUGUUAUGUUCCAGUAUAUAUUCUACCCUUUGGCGUUCAUUUUGGGAGCAGAUUCAGAUGAUUGUUUGAAUGUGGGAGAGCUUUUAGGACUGAAAACUAUCGCUAACGAGUUCAUAGCCUACGAUCAAAUGGGACGAAUAAACGCAGGCAGUCAACCUCUUUCGGCUAGGUCAAAUAUAAUCGCAACUUAUGCCCUCUGUGGGUUCAGCAAUCUGGGGUCAAUUGGCAUCCAAAUUGGCGGGUUGGGAGCAUUGGCUCCGAACAGAAAAGGAGAAAUGGCCAAAAUUGGAAUCAGUGCUUUCAUCACUGGAAGCAUCGCUUGUUUUUCAACUGCAUGUAUUGCUGGACUUCUCUACGAAUCAUAA